AGCUGCAGAAGCAGCUAGCUGGUGACGCCCACCCACAGCAAGCCUUCAAAGUAAAGUCAGAGGGUUGAGAUGGCAAACGAGAGGAUAAAGACGGAGAAAUCCCGGAAACAGUCGUCGAACAACUAGACGAACGCACUGACUUUUCAGCAUCGGGUUGGGACUCUGAGCUGAAUGGAUAAGAUAAGGGAAUUCAAAGGGAAGAUCCUUUUCUUCCUCCUUUUCUUCCUCCUCAUUGUCACUUUGUUCAUCAUCAUCUACUUCAUUGAGAAGCCACCCAGGACUAAUUGGUCUGUCCCACCACCACGUCGGCCUCCAGCCACUUGCCCCUUCUCAGUCUCUAAGAACACCAUCACUCCACUCAAAAAUACGAAGCACUUGCUGGUGUCAGCCUUCAUGGACCAGAGAGAGAAGGGUUUUGACGUACGCAUCAUUGGGAUAUUUAAGAGGGACUCCAUCCAACCACUUCACUGCUUCUUCUGCUGCGCAGGCCAGUUAAGUAAGGAAACCACUCCGUCGAAUAUUUUACAGCACUCGGACAACUUUGGUUUUCCCUACACCACGACGGAUGUCCUGUGUGAGAUUCCUCAAAACUGUGACGCUUCAUAUGUCACGCUUCUCACUCAACCAGAGAAGAAUGCUACAACUAAACAUACCUGGCUUCCCAUAAGAAACAAGAAUGAGAAAAAGCUGCAGUUCAACUUCACAGUCUGCAUCUCCACCCUGUUUGGGGACUACAACAACGUACUUCAGUUUGCACAGACUCUGGAAAUGUACAGGUUGCUGGGUGUGAACAGAGUGGUCAUCUACAACACGAGCUGCGGCCCAGAGCUCGACCGCCUGUUGCAGAGUUACAGCGAGGAGGGCUUCGUGGAAAUGGUUCCCUGGCCCAUCGAUAAGCAUCUAAAACCAUCUCCUGGCUGGCACUUCUCACAGUUUGGGGGGGACUUGCACUACUAUGGCCAGUUAGCCACCCUGAACGAGUGCAUUUACAGAUCCAUGGAGCGUUCGCGCUACGUCCUGCUGAAUGACAUAGAUGAGAUCAUAAUGCCAUACAAGCACAAUGACCUGAUGUCUCUGAUGAAGACGCUAGAGCAGCAGUACCCAAAUGUGGGGGUGUUCCAAACUGAGAGCCACAUGUUCCCCAAGAACCACUUUGAGCCACAACGGACAUUUAACCUGCCUCAGUGGAAAGAUGUGCCGGGAGAUAAUAUUCUGGAGCACAUCUACAGGGAAGAACCAGACAGACAUGUUUACCACCCGUACAAGAUGAUAGUUAAGCCAAAGAUGAUAGAGCAGACCUCUGUGCAUGAGAUGCUCAAGAAUUAUGGAGAUCGCAAGAUUAUUCCACAAGACCUUUGUCGAAUAAUUCACGUCCGCACUCCUCCCAUUUCAUUACCAAAGGAGCAGCUUCAUGAGGACAAACGACUGUGGAACUUCACUAAAAAACUGAUUCCCAAUGUGGACAAGGCUCUGAAGAGAGUGGGGAUGCUGAGCAACAGUUGAUGUAUGGUUGGAACAGACAAUGAGAUGGACACACUUUGAACAUGUCAGGCAGUGACUAUGCACUCCUCAGCAAAAGGGAUAUUUAUGAUUUCCUCUGUGCCUUUGUGUUCAGUGUUUUCUCUCACAUGGUGGUACAAACUUUCUAAGGUUUCCAAAUACUCAGGAUUGAGAGCUCGGGUUUUUUCUAAGCUUUCAUAGAAAAUGGAAUGGAACUCAUACAAUUGCAGUGAGUAAUGAAUGAGUAAUGAAGUAAACCCCUCAAUGAGCCAAGCUAUUCAUUUGCACAGAUUGUACCCAUUGUUAAAGUAUUUUCUAUAUUUUACAUGUUUUGCCAAGGUGUUUUCACCUUGUGAAUCGUGUUUCCAUUUGGAAGCUUUUAAUGCGUUAACGACAUUCCUGUGGAGGUGUAUCUUCAACACGUGACUAUGAAGCAGACACUGUGUAUUUAAUUUAUAUUUAUUUUUUUAUUUUGAAUGCUAUGCAAACAUGCCAAAGUGACUUCAAAAGCAGAAUGUAUAAUGUGCCAUGAGCUGCUCACCAUAGACUUCCUAACGUAUUGUCCAUAGUGUGGCUGAGCUGAAGCACCACUGCAAGGAGGAGUGAUGCACAAGAUCCACAGCUACUCCAGAGAUCACUGAAUCCAAGGGCCCUCUUACUUUUUCCACCAGCACUACAAUUAUUUGAUGAGCAUGUUCAGAUAAGAUGGAUUAUAAUUGCUUGUGCACUGGGAGCGUAAGUGCACUCUGUCCAGUUCUAAUUGUGUCUUAGAAGAUGGAGAUGACAUGACAGUUUGUUUUUAUAUAUUCAGGAAGCCUAGUCUUUCUGCUGGACAGCUCAGGGGACUAAUUUUUUUUUUUUUUUUUUUUGGUUUGGGUUAGUUUUUGGUUAAUUUAUGAGCAUUUUUAAUACUGCAUAGAAGGCAAGCACUAAGAGAAACUGAAGAAAUGAAAGGAUUAUAGAUAACAACAAAACCAAAAAAUGCUGGGUCAUUGUUAAAUGAUAAAUAAUAAAAAUCCCUCCUGUAUGUCUGUUUCAUGGUGCUUUGUGUUUCUACACUUAAAAAGAAAAUGUACUCUUUUUUACCCCAUUUAUUUGGUAUAUUAAGCAGUUAAUUUGCAAAUUUAGACAAAACAGGUGGUUAAAAGAUGUGCUGUGCUGUGCUGUGCUGUGAGGAAAUGUGUGCUGUAGCGAUAACUUAGUGCUAACACAUGCUUCAUUUUAGAAUGUUUCUUAACCUUUACUUCAUGUGUCAUCAUUUCUUGUCCUGUCAUAUAUUGACUUUCCUGUUUUACUUUAUUCAGUUUCUUUAUUUCCUGUCUGUCGUGCCUGGUGUUUCUGUCAUGAUGUCUGUCCUUGUCAUGUUUUGUGUUUCCUGUUUUAUUUUGCCAAGGUCGGCAUGCUGGCCAGUGACCGGCUAGCCCCAGGGCCACCUCAGUCCCCGCCUCUGCUCCUGUCCCACAUGUGACCACCGCUUUGGCCCCUGUCUUCGCCGUGAGAUUGACCACCACUCCGGCCCCUGUUCCUGCUCCUGCCAUGAGGGUGAUCACCACGUCAGUCCUUGCCUCUUCUCCUGUUUCUGCCAUUGCCCCUGCACCUGUCCUUGCAGCACCACCCAUGCCUGCGCCCCGGGCCUUCGCAGUGCUGCCCAUGCCUGCGCCCCAGACACACAAAUGCCAGGUCCAAAAUGUUGUGUUGUGAGAAUUAAGUACUAUCCCUUUAAGAGACUGAGGAAGUCAUGUUGUGUUCACAGUCCAUGUUUGUAGCUGCAACAUAAGCUGAGACCGAUAAUGACACGUGCUGUCUGUAGUGAUUUCAUGUUAAAGACGUUCAUUAAAGCAAUAACGAAACACAUGAAAUGGUGAGGACACUGAGUUUCUACACAAAAGUUUCCCGGUAGGACAUUGAAUUGUCACAAGAUGAUGUCAAUGUUAUUCACUUCUCUGGUAAGUGGUUAUAAUGUUAUGGCUGAUCGGCGUACACUGAAAACAUGAACUGCUGUUAACAUUAACUGACUUGCCUGUGCUGCUGUAGCUCGUGCCCAUGACUCACAGUAGGGGUGGGGCACUUUUUGUUGCGACAGUAAACCUCUGCUGCCUGUUUAUCUUAACUUCUGUUUUGUGCAACAUUUUUAAGGUGCUUGCUUCUCCUUUCAUUUCUUUUUCCUGUUUUAUAAAGUAAGGCCUGUUCACACGCUCUGCUGCCAUUUCUGCAGCUGCAGUCACUUCCAGCUUCCCGUGGUGCCGAAACCAAUUCUCAGUUUGGUCGUUGCUCUUAUCUAAUGAUCCGUUUGUCGGCAUUCUCUGAGCCAAUCAGUCCCCAGUCUCUGUACUUUAAAUUCAAUACAGUCCUUCUUUUCCUCAUUUUGAUUAUCCAGCCUACCUCCUCCUUCACCAUCACCCCUCCUGACCCCUCCUAAUUGAAACCACCAAAAUAUUGCUCUUUUCUUUCAUAUGAUCUCUUUUUACAAUUAAAAAUUCUUAAUAUUAAUUCUUAAUUAGGCUCCAAUACUCCCCAAUACGAUAUGCAUACGGUAUGUUGUAUCAAAUAGGAGACCUCUGUCAAAGAAAGCCCCGGCAGUUGUUCAAUUCAGCCUGGUGGAGUCUUCUCUUUGGUGUCAUCAGAGUGAUCUUUAUUGCCAGCAACAAAGGAGAGCAGUCUUAUAGUGCACAAAAGUUCACCACAAUCCUACUCUAAAGUGUAAAUCCCCUUGUUCCCGUCUUUUAUACUUUUGGGACCCCACAGGUCACACCUUCUGUCCAUUCCCUACAUUUGGGGCACACCCUUAUACCACCCCUUCAUUUUAACGAAUUACACCGUUAGAAAUUGUCGUUGUCAAUCUUGUUGAGGUUUUCAUGACCUUGGGUGUCAGGCGUUCUUAUCUAUCUGCACAUCCUCGUCCUUUUUUCCCAUUUUUUUUCCCAUUCCCGUUUUCACCUUCUUUUUUAUUUUUUCAAGGUGGCUUCAGAAUUCCCCUAGGUUCCCAGUUUUAUGAAGUAAUUCUUGCCCAUUUUACGCCCUUAUUUUCAGUUCUAAAAUAAUAAAGUUUAUUACAAACUAUUACAAACAAAUUCGUGCCCUUACACAUGUGCCCUUGUGAGGAAUACAGUAGAUAUACCUUUGGUUUCAGUGCUCUCCCUCUGUGUUCUAGUAGCAUAUGCCUGGUGAAGGCCCAUCAUAUCAUCAAACAUCAUAUUAUAAUCAAACUAAUGACAUUAUGAUCAGAUAUAUCAUUGUAAUCAAUAUGACAUUAGCACAUCACAGGCUUUAAAAUUACACUACAGGUACUGUUGGUUUGAAUGCAUGACAAUGUAUUUCACCUUUUUUCUCAUAGUGCAUGAUGAAAAAGAAAUCUACCUCCUCAUUUUUUGUCUUAUAGUUGACUCUUAUACUCUCCAGUAGUUGCCCAUUACAAGCAAAUGGCCAACCGUGGGCUUACUAUGUCAUACUACUUAAAGGUACCACUACUAACACAAUACAGCAAAGCUUCCAUAAGGGGGCUCCACUGUGUUUGUAUGUGACUCACGUCACAUCUUUUCUCGUCUGUUUUUCAUACCAAGGGCAAAACUAAGGCCCGACAACAGUACAGACACUGGCAAGAGUGCCCUGCAUUUCCCACUGAUCUGCCACCAAGAGGCAGAGAGCAGCUAAAAAGCGUAGGUGUGCAUCUGCACAGUUCUACUGUUACAUGUGUGUGUGCCUUGUUCCUGCUCCCUCUCUCCUGCAGGUUCCUCCUCUGCAGCAGAGGCCCAAAAGAUGAACUUGUAUAAGAGAAAGGUUGCUGUGCUAUUGCGCUCUCUCUCAUUUUUGCCAGAACCAGCAACCAGUGCGGCAGUGUGGUGCGUCCAUACGGUGUGAGCUUGGUAUGGUUGUGUACCACAGCUUUGUGCUCGCUUUCAGUUGUUUAUUUUGUUAAAUAAAUAUUCGUUGUACUUUUA